AUGGCCUCGACCCCCGACCUGCCCCAGGAAAUCUUUGCCUCGAUCCUGGCCUACCUCGACCCCAUCUCCCUCUCUGCCGCAUCCCAGGCCAACCGCCUCCUCCACCGCAUCGCAACACACCCCUCGCUCUGGAAGACGCCUUACCUCCUCCGAUGGUCCACCGGCGACGUCCAUCGCGAGCGGAGGCGCCGCACUCUCCAGUGGAGGCUCAGGCACCUCUCACAACAGCUCGACGCCUGGGCUAGGCGAGCGAAUCAACUCGCCGGACAAGAUCCCGUACAGGCGCAGACAAGCCGCAGCGAUUACAGCCCGGACGGCACUUUCUUAUUCUUCUCUCCGCCUCGUCUUGCGGCCCGCAACGACGCAGCCGGCGACCAACCAGACUUCUACCGCCUCUUCCUCGAGCGGAUCCGCAUCGACCAAGAGGUUCUCGAUCUGCUCUACCACCAGGUCGAGGCCACUCAUUCGCGCAUCCCCGCCGUCGAGCAGCUCGCCCUGCGCUUCGGCGACGACGCAAAGGACGUCCUCCGUGCCGUCGUGUCUGCACAGCUCAGCGGACCCAGCGGCACCGACCACGGUCUGCCGGCUUCAGACGAUCUCCUGGCUGGCAAGGACAAGGGCAAGGCUGUCCCUUACCAGCGGCCGCACGAGCCGACGCCGCGGUACCGCCUUCGCGCCUAUGAUGUCCACCUGCCUACGACCAUGAGGUCCGACUCUCACCACCUCGUCAUCCUUCACAGGGCACGCGAGAUGCUGGAGCACCUGCAGCGGGCCGAAGCCAUGCGAAGGCUCAAGCAGCUCGACCGGCAGGCGAUGCGCGCGUCGACCACGGCAACAGACCAGAACUCUGACCGCGCUGAUGAUGGCGGCGAUAUCCGGGACGACGAAGACGACGACGACGGCAGCCUCUUCCCUGUCGAUUCCACAGAAAAGGCCAUCUCGAUCCUCGCGAUGUUCAGGGGAGGCGAGCUGUACCUGGUGCGCCAGGAGCUCGACGUCCUUGCGGCGGCUUGCGACCUUUACCUGCAGAGCGUCAGGCCGGACCUGGCGAGCGCUGCAGGACAUCGUGCAGAUGACGGACAGAGCCGCUCAGAGGAAGUGGCGAGGGCCAUGGCGCUUGCCAUCGGCGACUUUCUAAGGGACAAUGGCUUUCGGGGCGCUCGUACUGGCCUCUUCCAGGAUCUCGACAACCACUUCCUUCACCAUUGCCUCGAGACCAACCGCGAAACGAUUCCGCUGAGCUUGACCGUCAUCUUCUGCGCCGUCGCCAACCGCCUCGGCCUGCGAGCCUCGCUCUGCAACUUCCCCACCCGGAUCCUCGCCGUCGUCAACUACUCCUCGGCAAGCCAUGCGCCGGACGAUAAGCGCUUCUGGCUGGACGUGGCCGAGUACACGAUCAGGCCGGCCCAAUCCGGUCCAGGCGCCGCAACGCAAUUUGCCCCGAUCCUCACCCAAGCCGACCUGCAGAGGUGGAUCGACCAGCUUCAUCUGGCCCACCGCGCCGACUUUAUCCUGCCUGCACGGCCCACAGAGAUGGUGGUUCGUGCGGCGAGGAACAUUGUCGCCAGCGUGCAACGUGCCCAGAUCCUCCCGCGGCAGGCCAGGCCCGGGGAGGGCGCGGGCUCGCAGGCCGAUGCCGCCGAGGCGAGGAGGGAGACGCACCCGCAGGCGGGCAGAUUCGCCGACGGGCGCGAAAGGCCGGACCGACUCUUUCUCAAGCUGCGGCAUGGCUGGGUGCCGACGCAGGAGCAGGACAGCGUCUACCAGCUGCGAUGCGGAACAGCAGCGGCAGCAAAGGCGCCGCCCGAAGACUUUGCAGCCUGGAAGAUGCUGCAGCGCUACCGGUCCGAGUCCUCGACGUUCCGCGCUUCUUCCGCGGCCGUGCAGGGCUGUCCCAACGGCUUCGCAGCGUGGAUCGAAGCCAGGCAUGCCGACGACGACUGGACACACCGACUAGCCUCGCAGCGGCAUAGAGCCUCCGCGUGGUCGGAGCACGAUCAACAGGCGUCGAUGUACGCCGCCGCCAACGGAUUCGUGCGCCUGACCGACGAGCUGGGCGACCGCGGCGCAGACUGGAUCGCGGGCCUGAUCCAGAGCUACUUUCCCCUCGAUGUGGGCCAGGUCCAGCGCGACUUCCUCGGCGUCGCGGAAAGCCCUCCCGCCGCAUCCUUUGGCCGCCGAGCUGAAGACCGCGACGAGAACCACUCCGAGUCAGGCUCGGACUCUAGCUUCGAAGGGUCGUUUUCGGGCCGCGAGGAGCGCGGCGACCGGUCGGCCCAGGCGAAGCUGGCCGGAAGGACCUACAUGCGCAACCCGGGCGUGCGCUUCCUGCUCGGCAGCAUGAUGGAGACGGUGCGCAGCAAGGAUGCCAUGGAGCCCAAGGUCAACCCUCGACCGGGAAGAGCGGCCAGGAUGGCGAGGGAGGCACGCCAGGCGAGCGGGUCCGCUACCGAAGCGACUCCGACCGACGCGCAUGCCGGAGACGGGGAGCCAUCCGCGGGCCAGGGAGCGGGAGAGGACGAGCAGGAGGAUCCAGUGACGUACCGCGUCGGCACUCUGUUUCGGCAUCGCACCUACGGCUACCUGGCCUGCACGCUGGGCUGGGAUUCGCGCUGCGCUGCGCCCGAGGAGUGGAUCCAGAACAUGGGCGUCGACCAGCUGCCCCCGCCUUCGACGAUCGAGCCCGGCGCUGCACGACCGCAGCGCGACAACAUUGGCGGCACCGACGCGGCAGCGGCGGCCGUCGACGACGAAUGGGUCGCAUCGCCCACAUCGCCCCCCGUGCGCGGUGGGUUCAAGAGCACGCGGAUGAAGCGGGACAAGCGGGGAGGGCGCCACCAGCCCUUCUACCACAGCCAGGUGGCAGAUGGGACGAGGAGGUACGUGGCCGAAGUCAACGUCGUGCCGCUCCCCCUGCCCCCCUCCCGACGGUCCUCGCAGGUUGGUCAUGGAUCGGAAAGGCAGCAGGACCACGCCGAGCGAGAUCGAGAUGCGGCCGACAUCCGUACGCUGCUGCGGCUCAGAGGCCUGGGCGAGUACUUUCGCUGCUUCGACUACGCCACGGGUCGGAUGAGGAGGAAUCGUGAGACCAGGGAAAUGUUUCCCGAUGACUGGUCCGAUGACGAGGGCGAGGGCGGGGUGGAGGAAGAGACCGAUGGAAAGGACCAAGGACCUCAGGAGGGAGGCGCGCUGGGCCUCAAGCUCGCCGCAUCGCCCCCGCCCCCGCCCCCGCCCCCGCCUGCGCAGGCGGCGCCGCCGUCGUCGGUCGGGAUCGAGGACACUGAGCGCGUCUCGGAGGAUGGGAGCUGGUAG